CGUUGCCAUCCUUAGGCAUGCCGCAGGAUCCACAUCAUGCUAGCCCAGGAUGGCGCAUGGUCGAGUGUCGCACCCUUAUGUCAUUGGUGCUAUUGGUGGUGCAUGCAUCUCCAACACUUUCUGCAUGGUCACCCUCAAGAAGGGCCGUGGUUCUGGUUUCUCCUUCUCGUGGGUGCGAGAUUGGGAGGGCAGGAAACACGGCACCGGGUCAGCUUCCUCUCAGCCUCCUCGACGAGUUCCCUCUGAAGCUCAAACUUGAGCAAUAAGACCAGGCCUCAGCCCUGUCAUCUCUACGCCGUUCCCGUACCCACGGGCUGGCACCUUUUUGGUUGUCUCCUCCGUGCAUCCCCUCGUUACUUACGUAUGAGUAGCUUGACUUGUUUCCUGUGAAUUCAUGUUCUUGCUGUGGGGAGGGACAUGAAUGCCAACCAUGGCACUACGACAGACAUGUCUCUUCAUAGUACUUCUACUUACUGUACAGGCCCUGCAAGCAUCCACAAAGCACCCCAUCAAUGACUUCUGUCGGCGUUGGGGUCAUCAGACUGCACAGGUAGAUGGGAAACUGUACAUCGAUGGUGGUCUCAUCGCAUGGAACCCCAUAUCGUCCAAUCCAUCAAAUGACACCAAUACAUGGCUCGUGUAUAGCGAUCUCAACUCGACAACCCAGGACAUAGGCAUGCCGCGGCAAUAUGCGAACUUGACUAAGAGUAAUGAAGUACCAUCCGUUGCUGGAGGAAUUCUAUGGUCCGACGAGGUCAACAAAUGCUUCUAUCUCUACGGCGGCGAAUACCAGUCGAAUCCAGCGGACUUCACGUUCUGGGCAUACGACACGAUUCUCCAGCAAUGGAACGAAACGAAGUAUGAGAGCAACGUCAAUGCCAUUCAACGGGUUGCAUACGGCGCUGGAGCACAAGCAAACGAGCUGGGAUAUGGGUACUACUAUGGAGGAUACAUGAGCAAUAAAACAACACCUGGAUGGACUGGAACGUCGUUGGCGACCAGCAACCUCGUCCGCUAUGACUAUACUGCUGGAACGUUACAGAACAAUACGGGACCUGAUGACAUUGGUAGGGCAGAGGGAUCCAUGGUCUAUCUUCCAGCGUCGGAUGGAGGCCUUCUCGUCUAUUUCGGUGGUGUCGAAGACUCUGGAGGAAAUGGAAGUUUGGUUGCCGCCAAUAUGAGCACCAUCCACAUCUUCGAUAUAUCAUCGUCGAAGUGGUAUCAACAAGCCGCAAGCGGAUCGGUUCCUCCUGCGCGACGACAGUUUUGCGCCGGUGUAACCUGGGCCGACGACCACUCAUCUUACAAUAUUUACCUCUAUGGAGGGUUCGGCGCCGGUGGAGAUGAUCUGGCUUUCGACGACUCCUACAUCCUCUCGAUUCCUUCAUUUACGUGGAUCAAAGCAUGGCCGACCGACAACAGUACUACCAAGUUUGGGCAUGGGGGAUGUUCCGCAAAUGUGGUCAAUCGUGAUCAAAUGAUUAUCAUCGGGGGCUGGUUUCCUAGUUCCGAUAAUUGCGAUUCGCAAAACGGCCAAGGUCAACACAACAUGAAUCUAGGUUACAACGGCCCCCAACAGGUGCUGUGGGACAAGUACAGUCCCAACCUAACCACCUACUUUGUACCCACACCCAUCAUAUCUGUGGUUGGCGGAGGACCCACUGGAGGCGCAACGAUUACCAAGCCCUCGUCUUGGGAUAACCCUGAUCUCGCGGUGUACUUCACUCGUGUUCCUACGUUUGCCGCUCGAUCUGCCACCCGUAGUUUACCUUCCAGCACAGGCACGCCGUCCGAGAAUAAACGCUCCGGAUCAAAAGUAGGAGCGAUCGCUGGCGGAGUAGUAGGUGGGCUUGCAGGAUUGAUAGCCAUUCUCUGCAUCAUUCUGUUCUGCCUGCAUCGUCGUAAGAAGGCAAAGAAGAGCAAAGAAGAGAGUACGGAACCUCCAUCACCACCUCCAGCGGAAUUGCCCGCAACAACACCUCUCCACGAAUUGCACUCUCCUGGAGUAAAUAAGCACAUACACAUGCAGGACAGUUCCGUGCAUUCUCGCUCACCCAGCGAUCACUACACCCAUCCGACCCCUUAUCCCUCCACCGCAUACCAACCAAUUCCCCAGGCCAUCUCUCCCUCACAUCCCGCGCAUGGAACCGACUACCCGAACCAUUACAGCCAGCAGCAAUCCCCUACAUAUCCUCCAUAUAGCGAUCUUGCAUCUCCUUAUGAUACCCACCACCCACCCCAACAACAGUGUUCCUAUCCCACCCCGAUCUCACCAAUCCCUCACACCUUCCCAGCACCGCCCCAGAACCAAGUCUACUACCCACCUCCGCCCGACCCAUCAGUCCGGUCUCACCUCUCAUACACAGACACACAACCUUCUGUCCUACGUCCAAAUACAUUAGAACCUCCGAUCCCACCGAGCACCACGCAGACCCCCGCGCAAUUCUACGCCCAACCUGUGCGACGUAAUUUUGACGACGAAGACACGAGGGCCGGUUCCGACCAGGGUAGUUUCAGGGGUUUCGGCGAUCCGGAUGUCGGGAGUCGGAGCGGGAGCAUCGAUAGUAGGAGGAGGCCGGUGAGGGGACGGUUCGUCGAGGUGGAUCAUAUGUGAGGUCAGGCAGAUCAACUCGAGCUGCGGUCCUCAUUGAAAGUUGACGCCAUUUGAUACUGUUUUGGAGUGGGGAAUAGACGGACAGGAAAAUAAUGAUAAAGUACGGGGUGGAUCGAUACGAUAUACACAUUUCGAGUCUCACAAUUGAGCGCUGAGCACCGUUGCGUACUACCCUAUACAGGUUCAAAAGAAACGAAAUUCCCGACUAUUCGCCCUUCGUCUCUUAUUUUCCUUCAGACAUCGUAUUUUUGUUUCAGACAUUACCAAAGCGAAGGAGUUAUAUUCGGGUCUUUAAGCAAUAAAAUGAUUUGCUUUCAUGUAGAAUUUAUAACUUACUCAGUACAUUAGUUCUCUCUACGAAAUCGAACAAUUAGU